AUGGAAGCCGCUGCUGAAACACACAACGAUCUAGUCAACCUGCUCAACGAAAAGAACAUCGCCCUCACUGAGACCAAGGUCGAAGCAGCCGAGAGCGCCAAUGCGGUCGACAAGAUCAUCGAAGAAACCCUCCAGCUCAAGGCCGAGAAUGAGCGCCUUCAAGCCGAGAUCAAGGAGCUCAGAAUCAAGCUGUGGGACGCGACUGAGGUGGAACGCAAGAUGAAUGCUGGACGUCUGCAUGAUGUCUUGAGAGUUCUUUGA